CCCCCUUCAACACCACGCUUUUACUUUGUUUACUAGAGUCUUAAAGAGCCCUGCAGCCGAAUAUAAGUCAUCUGCUGCUGCUGCUUCUGCUGCUGCUCGUAUCUCUCUCUCUCUCUAAGGUUAAUAUUUAAGGAAAAAUGGGGAUCAUAGAAAAGAUUAAAGAAAUUGAAGCCGAGAUGGCACGAACACAAAAGAAUAAAGCCACAGAAUAUCAUUUGGGUCAGCUCAAGGCUAAGAUAGCAAAACUGAGGACGCAACUGUUGGAGCCCCCAAAAGGUUCUAGCGGAGCUGGGGAGGGCUUUGAAGUUACAAAAUUUGGUCAUGGACGUGUUGCACUGAUAGGUUUCCCCAGUGUUGGAAAAUCAACACUUUUGACUAUGUUGACGGGAACACAUUCAGAAGCUGCAUCAUAUGAGUUCACAACGCUUACUUGCAUUCCGGGUAUUAUUCACUACAAUGAUACUAAAAUACAGCUCCUUGAUCUUCCUGGAAUUAUAGAAGGUGCAUCUGAAGGAAAGGGGCGUGGUAGGCAGGUUAUUGCAGUUGCCAAAUCAGCAGAUCUUGUGUUGAUGGUUCUAGAUGCUUCCAAAAGUGAAGGGCAUCGCCAAAUCUUAACAAGGGAAUUGGAAGCUGUUGGGUUGCGGUUAAAUAAAAGACCACCUCAAAUAUACUUCAAAAAGAAAAAAACUGGGGGAAUUUCUUUCAAUAGCACGCUACCAUUGACUCAUGUGGAUGAGAAACUCUGCUAUCAAAUAUUACAUGAGUACAAGAUUCACAAUGCAGAGGUUUUGUUUCGUGAAGAUGCAACGGUAGAUGAUCUUAUUGACGUUAUUGAGGGGAAUCGCAAGUACAUGAAGUGCGUAUAUGUCUACAAUAAGAUUGAUGUUAUUGGUAUCGAUGAUGUGGACAGAUUAGCGCGGCAGCCUAAUUCUAUUGUCAUUAGCUGCAAUUUGAAGCUGAAUCUGGACAGACUGCUUGCCAGAAUGUGGGAAGAGAUGGGUCUUGUCAGAAUCUACACAAAGCCUCAGGGCCAGCAACCAGACUUCUCAGAUCCAGUGGUCCUUUCUUCUGGUAGAGGUGGCUGCAAUGUGGAAGAUUUUUGUAACCACAUACAUCGGAGCCUGGUUAAGGAUGUGAAGUAUGUUUUGGUGUGGGGUACAAGUGCGAGGCACUACCCACAGCACUGUGGCCUUAGUCAUACACUUCAGGAUGAGGAUGUAGUUCAGAUUGUUAAGAAAAAGGAGAAAGAAGAUGGAGGUAGAGGCCGGUUUAAAUCACACUCCAAUACUCCUGCUCGAAUUUCUGACAGAGAAAAGAAGGCUCCUCUGAAGACAUAAAGUGUGAUGGUGCAUAAUCUCUACAAAGCUUUUGGCUCAUUUGACAUCGUGUUUUGCUGCUGAACAAGUACAAAAAGAGGAAGUAGCCAAAGAUUUCGUGAUGAGUCCCCUACAGAGCUUUCUCAAGAUCGAUAUGUCUUAUCCCAUGUUACAUGUUUUAGUAACCUUUGAUCAACUGUCCACACUGAUGGCAGGGAAGCAUUGGUGAGUCAUAGCUAUUUGAUUUUUUAUCUUCCCAUUGUAAAAGAAAUUCAACCAGAUUAUGCAGAUUUUGAUGGGAUUUUCUUACAUUCUGUACCACACAUAAUCGGACUGUGCUAGUGUUUCUUGUGAUGCUAGUUGGAUAUAAAUCUGACGAGCCAGCUCUUGCUAGGAUUGAAGUUCAUGCUUAA